AAUAACCUGGGUAGCGUCAAUCGAACUAUUUCGUUCGAGGUCAGUCUAUUUUAGUCACCACCCAAGUAGAAGAAAACUGUGUGUUCUUAAUAAAUACAAGUUUUUAAUAAAAUCCUUUGAAUGGGUACUGAAUAAUAACAUAAAUAUGAAAGCAAAUAAUUAAUGAUAUAUGACUACUUAUUUAUUUAGAAGUGAAGUGAAGUUUAUAUCGUGACACUUUAAUCUGUAAAGUUAAUUAUCUUAUAAAUAUACGAAAAUGUUUAUACUUUUACUUUUUUCGUUUUGUUUAUUAUCACAUACUUUUGCUGAAUCUAGCAGCCUAGACAAUUCAACGGCAGAAUGCGGUGAACUUGGCGAUUGUAUUACUAUAAACUGUAAUAAUAAAUGCGGCUGCGAUAGUUCAUCAGCAGUACUAUUCUACAAUGAAACACUUAAUGAAUGUGUUGUCAACGUAAAAAAACUUUUACAAACGCUGACGGAAAAAUAUAAUAAUCAAGAUAGAAUUCGAUUGAGUGUUGAAAAUGUAUUUCAAGGAAUAAUGUUCUCAGCCAUAUUGUUUGGAUCAUGUGCUUCAAUAUGUGCAAUUACAGCUUGUAUUUAUUGUUUUAGAAUUAACUACAUGGAUACACGCCUUAAAAACGAUGUCGAAGCUUUAGCUGUCAAGUUGAAAAGAGAAUGUCGAUUUAAAAAUAUGUCCUCCAAACAGCCAACACAACCAGCCUCUGAGAGCUGUAAUAUAAUUGUAGAAGAAGCCGGCGUUUUUGUUGUAUAAUUUAUGAUUUAGUAAUAUCUGAAUAAAAGUUGCUGCAACACAUAAUGCUUCAACUUAAGGAGUUAUGUUUUAAAUCCUUGAAUUGCAACAUUAUGGUAAAUGUGCUUAUUAAACUUCUCUUCUCUUUUUGUAUUCGAUGGAUAUAAAAUAAUAAUUAUAUUGACAAAUUCUAGAAAUCUUUAAGUGCACUUUUAUAUUUUUUUAAGUAACGACACGAAUUUUUUUGUUUUAUUUUUUGCUUUUGUAAAACUCUCAUUA